AUGUUGUCUGCCCUCCUGCGACCCUUCCAGGGCAGCAGCCGCUCGCGCAUUGACGACGACCACGCCGACCUCGCUGACCUCGAACAGCACGCAACUUCUCGCCCCUCGCUCACCGAGUACCGAAACCAUCCUCAUGCUACUGCCGACUUCACCGAGGCGGACGAUGACGACGAUGAAUCCAACGAUGGCAAUCCUCAGUCGCGCUUCCCUCGGAGUCGUCGCCCCGGCGAUGACGACAAUGGAUUCGGACGCUCUUCGGGGCUUUUGCCUCUAUUUUCUGACCACCACCUAGACUCGAUUCCCAUUUACUCGACCACUCACCAGAUUCGCCUUCUGGUCCAAAGCAGGGCAGAGACCACACUGACAUGGGAGCAGCUCAAGUCGCCCCAAGUGUCACAAUUCCUUAUCAAGCCCAUGCAACAGCAGAUACGCGCUCAGUACUUCUCGCCGGGAACUGUAUAUUGCCUGAUGGCAAAUUGUCUGCAGUUCGAGAAGGAAAGCCAUCUCUAUCCGGGCAAUGCCAGCACCAAUGCCACGCGAGCCAAGGUCUGCGAGCUGCUGGCCAUUAAACUCCUUCGCGAGUACUCUACCCGCGAGCUGAUCGAUGCCCUUUGCUACGAGUUCUGGCCGCUCCAAGGCUGCCCCGGCUCGCAGACGCCGCUCUCUUUCUCCGGAGGGAGUAGAUCCAUGAACGUAGACCUAAGAAGCUCGACCCUCGAGAUCGCCAUCCGCGCCUCGGCCAAGCACUUCCUGUCCCAUCCCUUGGUCAUGCAACAGAUCGAGGCCAUCUGGAGCGGCGCCAUCAGUUUCCAUCCUUCCUUGCGUGAAGUUCAGCGCCAGAGCUCCCAUUCCAGCGGCCAGUCGCGCCGCCAGAGUACUGUUCGCACGCCAUUGCUCGCCGACCAACCCCCUAAGGAGGACUUCAUCCGACUGCGGACACUCGACCCUACCCAUCGCUCAGCGGUUCUGUACGAUCCGCGGACGGCUUCCCCAUUUAAGCUCUCGAGGUUGCGUGUCCCACGAUAUCGUCGCCUGUUCUCCACCGGCUCGCUAGUCGUUCUCAUUUGCCUGUACCUCGCUGUGCUAGGCCAGCGCUCAAGCAAGAUCACAGGGCUGGAGCUUCUGUUCUGGUUCUGGAGUGCCGGCUUCAUGCUGGACGAGAUCGUCGGGUUCAGCGAGCAUGGCGUCUCGUUCUAUGUCAUGAGUUUCUGGAACAUUUUUGACCUCGGCAGCCUGUUACUCUUGAUUGUGUACUACUGCAUGCGCAUCUACGGUGUGUUUCUGCUGGACCCUCACCAGUGGAAUCAGAAUGCGUAUGACGUACUUGCACUUAACGCAAUCUUGCUGCUGCCCCGGAUCUUCAGUGUCCUGGAUCAUAGCAAGUAUUUUUCGCAGCUGCUGAUCGCAUUUCGCCUGCUGGCGUUGGACCUGGCUGCAGUGUUUUUGCUUUGCCUGGUUUGCUGCAGCGGGUUUUUCGUCUUCUUUAUUUUCUCCAAGGGCCGGAAGGACCCAUGGGAUCACGCUUACAGCAUUUUCCAGAUUCUGGUGGGAUACACACCAGCUGCAUGGGAGAUGUGGCCCUCCUACGGCUGGCUGGGCAAGGCUCUCAUGGGCUUGUUCUUAAUUGUUGGCCACUUUGUGAUCCUGACAAUUCUUGUUACCGUCUUGGCCAACUCGUUCAUGAAUAUCGCGUCCAAGACCAACCAGGAGUAUCAGUAA